CAUGAAGACUGAAGAAACAUUCAGAGACAAACAUGAAGAUACUGAGACACAAACAGACUUAACGGUGCUGAAAGAGGAGAGGGAAGGUGUGAACGAAACUGAAGAGAAAGAUCAGUUUGAAAAUCUUCAUGAUUUCAUAACUGAUGAAACAUAUUUGUCUUCCUUACAGUCUGAAAAGACUUGCACGCAAAAAAAAGAUAAAAAGACAGAAACUAAGAGUUAUUUCCCUUGCCUUCAGUGUGGAAAGAGUUUCACUCUAAAAGGAAACUUAAAAAAUCACAUGAUUGUUCACACUGGAGAGAAGCCUUUCACAUGCUCUCAGUGUGGAAAGAGUUUUAGUUAUGCAGGAAACCUUAAAUCCCACAUGAAAAUUCACACUGGAGAGAAGCCUUUCAUCUGCAAACAGUGUGGAAAGAGUUUCACUUUAAAAGGAUCCCUUAACGAGCACAUGCCGGUUCACAUUGGAGAUCAUUUUUUCACAUGCUCUCAGUGUGGAAGAACUUUCAGUAAUCCUGGAGACCUUAGAGUCCACUUGAGAGUUCAUCUUGGAGAGAACCCUUUCAUCUGCAAACAGUGUGGAAGAAGUUUCAGCACAAAUUUAAAACUUACAUACCACAUGAGAGGUCACACUAGAAACAAACCCUUCACCUGCCAUCUGGGUGGGAAAAGUUUCAAGCAAAAACAAAACCUUAAUGACCACAAGCGGAUUCAUCCUUUUACCUGUCAACAGUGUGGAAGGAGUUUCACUCAUAAAAAACGGCUUAACAGGCACAUCAGACUUCACAGUGGAGAGAAGCCUGACCCAUGCCCUCAGUGUGGAAAGAGUUUCAUUAACUCUGGAUCCCUUAACCGCCACAUGAGAGUUCACACUGGAGAGAAACCUUUCACAUGCUGUCAUUGUGGAAAGAGUUUCAUUUACUCUGGAUCUCUUAAACGCCACUUUAAAAUUCACACUGGAGAGAAACCUUUCACAUGCUAUCAUUGUGGAAAGAGUUUCCUGUACUCUGGAUCCCUUAAACGCCACUUGAAAAUUCACGAUAGAAAGAAGCCCAAGAGACCCCCUCAGUGUGGAAACUGUUUGAAUCAAAGUGGAGAAAAUGGGAGAAUCCACACUACAGUGAGCCGUUUUUCCUGCCAACAGUGUGGAAAGAGUUUCACUCAGAAAGGAAACUUAAAAACGCACAUGAUUGUUCACACUGGAGAAAAGCCUUACACAUGUAAACAGUGUGGAAAGAGUUUCAGCCAACGAGGAAACCAUGACAGGCACGUGAAAAUUCACAAUAGAUAGACGACUAACAGAUCCUCUCAAUGUGAAUAGAGUUUCAUUGAAACUGUAUUAAACGGAUUGAUUCUGAAAUUGA